UCCUUUUGUUCUGGAGCUGUGUUCACAGCCUGGAACUAAAAUCUCUCACCGGUAGCACAAACACCACUUACGUUUUCCUAGGUAUUGAAUCUCAUUCUCUAUUAAACAUGAACUGGAAGACAAAGGUCACAGAGAAACAAGAGCAGCGAGAGGCUGCGAUAAAGGCUUGGGGUCUUUCGAUUCCCAAUGACCUUGUCGCUAACAAGAGGAACGUCAAGUAUUUGCCCAAUACCAGCGGAAUCCUGUCAAGGAAAGAACUUGACAUCACCGAGUCCAGUGCUACGAUUAUUGUCGACAAGAUUAGGAAGCUGGAAUGGUCUGCAGAAGAGGUACUCAGGGCUUUCGUUUCUAGAGCUGUACUUGCUCAUCAAUUAACGAAUCCGUUGACCGAAGUAUUCUUUGAGCGUGGCCUCUAUCGGGCGAGAGAAUUGGAUAAGAUUUUCAAAGACACUGGCAAGCCUGUCGGACCUCUUCACGGUCUGCCGAUCAGUCUGAAGGAUACACUACACAUCAAAGGAUUGGAAACCACCCAAGGAUAUGCAGGCUGGAUUGGAAACGUACAAAAUGAGGAUGACAGCCUUGUAAAAAUUCUCAUUAAUGCAGGAGCGGUGCUAUACUGCAAAACGAACGUGCCACAAACACUCAUGUCCGGGGAGUGUGUGAACUUUGUAUUCGGACGAACUUCAUCACCAUGGAACACAAGCCUCUCAGCUGGAGGUUCAAGCGGCGGGGAAGGUUCUUUGAUAUCAUUAGGAGGGAGUCCACUUGGCAUCGGGAGCGAUAUCGCAGGUUCCAUUCGGACACCGGCGAACUUCAAUGGCAUCUAUGGGCUCUGUCCUUCUACAUGUCGUUUUCCUGGCCAUCGCGCGAACAAAUUAGGGGGCGAAAGCUUCAUCAAGCCAGUCUUUGGUCCCCUGUCAAGAAGUGUGGAUGGACUAGAGGUGUACACGAGAGCGAUACUGUCUGCCAGACCCUGGGAAGUGGACCAUCAAGUAUUGAGGUUACCGUGGAACGAAGUCGAUUAUCAAGAAGGACUCGGAAGACACCAUACCUUAACCUUCGGGUUUAUGCGACACGACCAUGUGGUUCUACCAGACCCUCCAAUUCUUCGGUGCAUUGAAGAGGUUCGAGACAAACUACAGAAAUCUGGGCAUCAUGUUAUUGACAUUGCCCCGUUCGAGGGCGUAGAGCUCAUGUCAGCCAUGGAGAAGAUAUUUGGUGCGACUGGUGCCAAAGAUGUCCGAGAGAUACUGGCAAAGUCAGGCGAACCUCUUAUCAAGGAGGUAGAGUUUACAACUGAAGAUACAGCUCUGUCCACAUGGGAAUACAAACGUGCUGGGGUGCAGCUUAGCAUCCUGCGCCAAAAGUAUCUCGAGAUUGUCAACAAUACUUCAACAGAAACCAUUUCCGGUCGACCCAUAGAUGGCAUAAUCUUACCAUCCGGAGGCCACGUAGCGCCUCCACAUGGAACGAUGGAGUACUACACAUAUGAAGCCAUCUCAAAUGCCUUGGACUGGACAUGCGCAACAUUUCCAGUGGGUUUUGUUAAUUCCGACUUGGAUACGAAACCUAAGUCAUUCCACCCAAUGUCUAAAUACGACGAACGCAACCAUGCAAAAUAUUCUCCAGAAGCUUAUGCGGAUGCGCCUGUCUGUUUGCAACUCAUGGGUGUGCAACAUAGCGAAGAGAAAGUGCUUGGUUUAUUGAGGACAGUAGAAGCAGCCCUGGGAAGAGGGCCCAACUACAUGGCUUGAGCA